AAAGUGACAGCAACAAGCGGUGGAAGAGCUGGUCAGGAACUGGCCAGGAGCGGACGGCAGUGAAGGCAUCUCAAAACUUUUCCAGCACACAGUACGGUGGUCUGUUUACUAUUUCACGUCGCUUGCAGUUUGUCCCUGAACGUGAAAACAACCUCCACGUUUCAGUACAUUAUCUGUCGGUGAUGAAGUGGAUGCUACCGACCGCUUCGAGAAAAGGAAAGUUGCGAGAGGGAAAACUUCUGGAAUGAUGCCCAAGCGACUGCAUCCCUCCCUCCAAAGUUCAGCUAAGACCUUCUGGGGGGCAUUCUGCAAUUUGGAGCCUUCCUGCAUUAUUAUCAGCAUUGUUCUUCACCCACAUCCAGAGGGCCCACAUCUUGGAUGAAGUGUGGAGUGCUAUAAUGAAGGUGACAGUAACGUUUGGGCAGACAGGUGUGGUGGUGCCCUGCAAGGAGGGUUGGACCGUGAGGGACCUCAUCCAGCAAGCCACGCAGAGAUACAGAAAACUCCUGGAACAGGAAGGAGAUUACCUGGUUCGGACCCACCAUGUUGAAUACUGUGAUGGGGGGAUUCUGGACCCUGAUGAUAUACUCAGCGAUCUGGUAGAAGACAAAGACAAGCUGAUGGCGGUGUAUGAGGAGCAGGAAGCCCAGCAGAGGGGUGUGGCUAACACAAGCCUAGCCCCCAGCCCUGACCUCUACCAAUCUGAGCUCGCUGUCUUCCAGCCAAUCACAGGAGGAGAGAUCGAAGUGAAUUCCUCAGCGCUCAAGUCCAACACCCCCCUGCUGGUGAGAAGUAGCAGUGACUCAGCCCUCAGCCCCCAGCCGACAGAGACCGAACCCUCCCUCAAUGAAGACGCUGCUGAGAUGACAGCCAGUCGCGCUGUGGAGAGGCCUGCAGGGGUGGACCGAGCCCAAGGCAAACACACCUUCAGUGGCAGCCUGACCAGAACAGUGGAGAUCCUGGGAGAGGACAGUCCCCUGGGAAUCCACGUGGUUCCCUACUGCUCAUCACUCAGUGGACGGUCUCUCGGUCUGUACAUCCGUGGAGUGGAGGAGGAGAGUCGCUCAAGAAAGGAGGGCUUGUUUCAAGAGGACGAGUGCAUCGUCCGAAUCAACAACACAGACCUCAUGGACAAGACAUUUAGCCAAGCCCAGGAAGUGUUUCGUCAGGCCAUGCGUUCCCCGGUUGUCCGCUUGGAAGUAAUUCCCUCCUCCAACAGAGAUCGCUAUGAGAAGAGUCUGAUUGGUCAGCUGUUUGGCAACAGCGCCGGUCCUGACAGCAGCCCCAGAACUGCCAAGACCAAAGAACCGCCUCCGCCUGUCAAAGCCAAACCUGUGUUUAAGCCCUCUGAGAAUCCAGCCACACGAUUGGCAGAGGAAGCUGCCACUCUGGAAGCUGCUGUCAGCACCCCCAAAGGGAGGAGUGAGAGCCCCCUUCUUAAAAAAGGCCCUGCCCUCUCCAGCUUGGUGGCCAAUAAAAGAGGAGGACGAAGACUGAGGAUUGACUUAAAGAAAGGCUCAGAAGGUCUUGGUUUCACUGUAGUAACCAGAGACUCUUCAGUCCACGGUCCGGGUCCCAUUCUAGUUAAAAACAUUCUGCCACGUGGAGCUGCUGUCAAAGACGGGCGGCUACAGUCUGGAGACCGCAUCCUUGAGGUAAACGGUGUGGAUAUCACAGGUGUGGGCCAAGAGGAGUUGGUGUGUAUGCUACGCAGCACGCGGCAGGGAGAGAGCGUGUGCCUAGUGGUCCUACGUCAGGAAGACAUGUUCCUGCCUAGAGAGAUGAAGGAGGAGGUGUCCCGUGUGCCAGGCUUUGUUUCGGAGAAUGGGAAGGAGCAGCUCAUGUUUGAGGUGCCUCUAAAUGACACUGGCUCGGCAGGGCUGGGUGUCAGCCUCAAAGGAAACAAGUCCAGGGAGACGGGAGAGGAUCUGGGAAUCUUCAUUAAAUCCAUUAUACAUGGAGGAGCUGCGUACAAGGACGGGCGUCUGCGUGUCAAUGACCAGCUGGUAGCUGUAAAUGGAGAGUCGCUGCUGGGACGCUCCAAUCAUGUGGCCAUGGAGACGCUCCGCCGCUCCAUGUCGCAGGAGGGAAACAUGAGAGGGACCAUCCAGCUGGUGGUGCUCAGGGCUUUGAAGGAUCAACAUGGUGCGUCACCCAAUCGCUCAUUUGACGGCUCCUCUGGCCUGUCGGUGCUGAUGAGCCCAGUGAACGGUCAGACAGGAUUGGUCAGUCAGGCCAAUGGCCCCAUUCACCCUUCACCCAUGCUGACCAACACACUCUAUGCAUCUAAUGUGACCAAUGGGAGUUAUUCUCACAUGGACGAGGAAGAGGAGGGGGAGCUGUAUGGACAUGAGGAGUUCAACAACUCUACCCAACACUCCUACCUACAGGAAAGGGAAAACUCUCACAUCUCGAGCCCGGCUCAGCCCCAGUCUCCCACCCAGAGCCAGAACCAGAGCCAGCGGCAGUUCCAGCAUGUUAAAGCCUCCAAGAGCAUGGACCUGGGUACGACUCAGAACCAGCAGCACCCUGUGGCAGAUGAGAGCAACGUAGGAUCCCUGGUUGGAAACACUGCAGCUCCAUCAAGUCCUGUAGAACUUGGUCCUACCCUUGGCUUGAAGAAGUCCAGUUCGUUGGAGAGUCUCCAGACGGCCAUGUCGGAGGUCAGCAGAAAAAAUGAACUCCUCCCAUUCCACCGUCCUCGCCCAAAUAUGGUCAGGGGAAGAGGCUGCAACGAGAGCUUCAGAGCAGCUAUUGAUAAAUCCUAUGAUGGACCACCUGAAGAUGAUGAUGAUGAUGGCUCUGAGCUGAGUUCAGGCCGCGACACCCCUGCAAGUAGUUCAUCCCGCCAGGGAGCGGGGGAUCAGAUAGAGGAGAAAGGCAAAAAAGACAAGAAAAAGAAAGCAAAAACGAAGAAAGAAAAGAACAAGGGGAAGGGAAAAGAGAAAGAGAAAAAGAAAGCAGAGGAGCCUGAAGAGACAGAGAAGAAGAGCAAAAAACUAGGAUUUGGCCUUCUGAGAUUCGGGAAGAAAAAAGAGGAGAAGAAGGAAGCGAAAGCAGCUCUGCAGCGACAGAAGUCAGACAUUCUGAGCGAUCAUGAGCUUGAGAGGAUGAAAGAGGAGAGGGAAAGAAUUGAGGCAGGGCAUCCUGAGCUGCGAGAGAACCGGUCCAGGGACCAGCAGGGUGGAGGUGGUGGGUCCACAUAUCCAGAUGUUGAGGAUGAUGACACAGACCCCAACUAUGCCCGAAUACAAUCCUUCAGGGACCGAGAUAUGAGUUCAGUGCCACAGCCACUGUCUCAGUCACCUCCCUACAGUACAGUGCAGCACACCCAUGGUCACACCACUUCCCCCCAGACCCCUUCUGCCUUUCCAGGGCAUGGAAAUCAUGCUAACGACCCUGGAGCCAUCCCUGAUGAUGACCACAUUGAUAGGCUCUAUGCCAAGGUCAAUAAACCAAGGGGAGCUGGAACCACAUCGCCUCCUGCUUCUGCCACUGCCAAUGACAGCAAUGUGGACAGGAUCCAGCAGCUAAGAAGAGAGUACCUGCAGGCAAGGAGAGAAGGAAUGGUACCACCUUAUGAAGAGCUGGACUCACGACGCAGAGGGCACGAAAACGAUGCACACAGGAUUCCAGGCAGAGGGACAGAUCCUCGAUUGGCACCACGUUACGAAGAGGUGGAACGUCAGUAUGCCUCCUUACCAAGGCGGGGUCCAUUGGAUCCAGCUGACUAUCCCAUGCAGCCCUGGUCUGGUCAUUACCCUGGACCUCCCCAGGCCCCACAGGGAUACCCCCAGUCCCUGCCCUACCCUAACCCCAACUCCCAGUCUGGUCCAUCUUACUCUGGUUACCCACCUGGCCAGCCAUAUCCACGGCCAGGUGACCCUCGGGGCGUUGACCCUGGCUACUACCCACACCCGAGCUCCCAGCAGAGAGGGCCCUUGCGACAGGAUGUGCCCCCGUCUCCCACCCCUCCGCUUCGUGGCCUACGGUACGACACUAUGAUGCGUGGGACUGGGGGUGGAGGUUACAGGUAGGGGCAGUUUGUGGAUGAAGACAAUCCCAGGCACCUGGAUCCCAGUCCAGACCAAUACGGCUACGCUGGAUAGGGAGGAAGACAGCAACAGCAACACCAAACCAACCCAAGACAGAAGAAUGCCAUGACUGCAGCUGUGUAGACAAAUCAAUUGCAGAGAUGAGAAAAAGCAGAAUGCUUAUUACUUGCUAUUGUGCAGUGCUUCUGCUUUUUCUACUCCAGUGAAAUAGAGUUGAAACCUCUUAAUGGUGCGAUUCAAAUCACCAUCAUUAUCAAACAUUGUCUACGCUGUUGAAAAGUAUAUGGUAAUACACAGACAAGCAAGGUAAAGGAGGUUAAUUAUAGAGUGGCUGGUUUGAUGCAUAAUGUCUUGUUGUUUGAAGUCAUUUAAAUUUCUUUGAGUCUACCCAGAGUAUAAAAUUAGCAGGGUUUUUUGGUUUCACUAUACUCUGAUUAAGUCGUCUCUUUCAGGAAUCAGUCAGAGUCACAGGUAAUUGGAUCCAUUUAAAUUAAGCCACUAAAGGCAUAAAUACAGCUCUGCACACUCAUUCACAUUGUACCUGGUACUUUCACUACUGCCGCUCCACCAGCAAGAUAAAAAAUAAAAUACCCUAAAAAGUAGCAUGUAUUAGCGUACUUACGUGGCCAUUUACAGAGACAAAUAACAUCUUUCAGCGUCAGUACUUAUGUGUGAUAAAGCCAAAUUUAUUAAUCAGACUGAAGCAGUUCAUGUUAACAAAAAUGCGAUUGCAGGUCUUUGAGUCUCUGCUUGAGGGAGAGUUGAGAUGUAGAAGAUGAUGGAAGAAGUCAAAAUGAGCCUGUGUUCCCAAACUGUGUCGGCAGUCUGAAGUCUGAAGAUAUCAUCCUUUAUAUUAGGAAUAUCUGCUGAAAGCUGCUGAAACACUAUGCAGUAAGAUGGCAUAUCCAUUCCCAAUCAAUUAUUAAAAAAAAAAAAGUGCUCUUUCUGAGGCCUUAUAGUUUCAGUUUGCCAAACAGGGAGAACUCCACUAUUUGUGUGAUGAUCAACUUUUGUUUUGUUUUAUCAACUUACGGAAACAUUUUAAUGAUUGAAGUGCACGAGAGCACAGUAGAGCACUGUAUGAAUUAUCUGUCUCGGUAAUAAUAUACUUGUAAUAAUGCUGUGAUUGCCUUUCACUUUUGUCCAGAAUAUUUCUCUCAGUAGCGAUGAGUCUAGAUACAUUUCCAGGACAGGACUAGAUAACAGUAGGAGUCUUAAACCAUGCCUGGCUGUUGGUUUGCAGCACUUAUGAACAAACCUGUUCCUGCAUUUAAAUGAUCUCCUCGGGAUAACAGAAAAAAAUUUCAAAUGGAUGUAUUAAUUUCAGGACAUAUUACCAUUAUUUGAAUGAUUUUUUUUUUUUUAAUAGUUAACUUUAUUUAAAACGACCCCUACUUGAAUGUAUGAAAAACUUUCAUGAAUCACAUUUUAACAGUCAUAUCUACCUAAUCCAUGGAGUCAGCCUGUGUUUAUUGAAUCAUUCCAGCAUGAUUAGAGUUUUCGCUCCAUUUUUGGUUUUCUGUCAGACAUCCAAUUCAGAGAUAAUCCAUCGCCAUAAACAAAAAGCUGACAGCCACAUUUUGCGAGGCUUCAUCAGAAUGCUAAUAUCAUCCUAUAAACUUUGACAUUCUGGAAGGAGCUUGGUUAAGAACAAGAUGAUAAUUUCAUAAUAGGCAAUACACAAACCAAAGCUUUUUAAUGCUGCCUUUUCCUACUGCGGUACAGUGUCCGUAUCAAGGCAUCUACUCUUCAUAACGACAUUGUUGGGGAUGAGCACAUAUGUGAUAACUGUGCUUGCAUUUAAAGGCAGCAUUGUAAAAUAAGUAGGAGAAUGCAGGAAAUGAGCAAAACUCCAAUAAUUGCGUUUCAACAGUUUAUUUCAGAUAACGUAACAAACCACUACAAUGUGCUGUGUUGUACUAGAGUUUGUACUAAUCUUGUUUUAUUUUUUUAACUGGAUGUGGAGCUGAGUUGUUUAAGCCGUGCAGAUGUCAAUACUGAGCGGUAAAUCAGGCAGAAAUGUUUUGGGUUUUUUUCUGUUUUUGGGCAGGUGUUAAACUGACCAGCUGUAGAGCUUGUUUUCACUCUGUGUUACUCAGCAGCCACUUUUUCUCUAUAUUUUCUGUGUAUGAUGUACUGUAGUUUGGGUGUGAAGGAUGUUCGUUGCACAUCUCUGUGACCUGGUGGCGUAGGCGUCACCAUGUGUUGAAGUGCACACAAGUCCUGUUGAAACAUGAAUUGAGCAUCAGAGUGCUCUUCUCACUGCUGCACCAUUGUGUAUAUCCAUUUAGCCACUUACUAAGUCAUCAAUUAAGCGUAACUAAGAGUUGGAGUCUAGCUUAGCAUUUCUGUGUUUGACACUACCAAGCUCAGCAGUAUUAAUUUCAAUGAAGAUUAAAUGUUUAAAAUGACAUUUCAGGAUUUGGUGAAUUGCAUUUAUGUUAUUGAGACUAAGGAUGAAAUACCACUAAAGGAUGAAUGUUGAGAGUAGUUCAACCGAAGCCCAUGCAAAAGAAUGUGAAGUAGAUGUUUCAAAACCGUCUCAUUUGCUGGUUUGUCCUAAAAAAAACUAGAUUGUGAUUAGAAAGAAGAAUGUAGGUUGACGGGCAGAAAGAAAGGAUGGGUUAUAAGAAUUCAGAUUU